AUUUUCUGUCAUCAAAAGGGGCGAACAGUCUGCCUUAAGAAAUCUUCGCUAUAAACAUCCCUGCAUUCGUGACGAGGCGAUAUUACGCGUUCACGAGGUGGUUAAACGUGAGACUCGCUCCCGGUAAGACGUCGGUCUGACGAUCGCCCUUGUACGGUCGGAAAAAGCCGCACCAUCGUGAGGAAAGUGAAGCACGUCGGAGCCGAGGUAUCGUAACAGUGUCCUGCACGAGAUGCGCCACGAUUACCCUCGAAAAUCUGCCCCUUUUUGAGGUUAUGUGUCGCAUAUAGAGGGCGUCGCAAUAGGUGCCAGGGGUUCAGGGUUGGUCGCUGUUUCGCGCGCAGGACUCCCGCGCUCUGACAUCCACGUCCUCUGUUUUUUAUUAAAAAUAUUGGUAAUUUGGGGCUCGCGCGCAUCGCAAAACGGUUUGUAAAAGAGCUGGAUGAAUUAUCCGAUCGUUUAAAUAGACGUCGGACGAAAAUCGCUAGUCGACACGUCGAAUCAAAGGCCGCCAAAAGAGACGUGCAUUAUGGCGAUCGGAUGCUCGUGAGCUUCGCGCGCUCCUUCACUUUUCCGCAUUUUCCUGGAAAAAUCGUCGUGCCUGGAUCGGGAAAAUCUAGCGGACGCUUCAUCCAAGAGUCCCCGCUAUCAGGAACACUUUGAGAAAAUUUAUUCCGACAGCAAAUAUUUUUCGUACACGUCGACAAUUCUACGAGCACGAUGCCACAGAGUUUGCAGGAGAACAAAACUUAUUUGCAUGGAAGCAAGACACAGGUCUUAAAGCGGAAGAGGCGGGCUACAGAAAUCCCAGAGGAUUCGGAAAACAUUUAUCCACCCAAUAAAGUGCCAACACUGUCCAAUACCUCAUAUUCAGAAUCCUGUCAAACUACACAAUCAGCAGACACUGCAUGCAAUCUUCAGCAUCAAACAUCUCCACUAAAAGAACAGCAAGAACCAGCCACAUGGUCCGAAUUGAGAAGUGCAACCUGCUUCUUGACACCAUCAGCUUCCAACAGCUCAUCCAGCAGACCUAGUCCAUUACCAUCUCUUCCCUGGGCUGAUGGCUCCCAGGUGUGGUCCGACAUGUGUCUUGGAGAUCAUAAGACUGUACUUCAGAGAGAUCCAGACAUGUUUCAAAAGCAUCCAUCACUGCAGCCACGGAUGAGGGCAAUUUUGUUGGACUGGUUAAUUGAAGUCUGUGAAGUGUACAAACUACAUAGAGAAACUUAUUAUCUCGCCAUGGAUUAUAUAGACAGAUUCUUGUCUCUUCACAAUGAGCCAGUACCCAAAAAUCAGUUGCAACUUAUAGGAAUUACUUGUCUUUUUAUUGCGUCCAAGGUUGAAGAAAUAUAUCCACCGAAAAUUGCGGAAUUUGCAUACGUCACUGAUGGUGCCUGCACAGAGGACGAAAUUCUGGGAAAAGAGUUACUAAUUCUGAAAGGACUUGGGUGGAAUUUGUCCCCAAUAACCGCUCCGGGAUGGUUAAACGUUUACAUGCAAAUCGAGUCAAGCGAUUCUUCCAGACCGAAUACCUUCAUAUAUCCGCAGUACGGCGGACUGCAGUUUUCUCAAGCAGCCCAACUGUUGGAUUUGGCAACUCUCGACGAAGGUUGCUUGAAAUUCUCUUACAGCUACAUUGCUGCAGCGGCGAUUUAUCACACACAGGGCAGGGAAUGCGCAUUGAGGGUAUCCCGGCUCACAUGGGAGCAACUUGCUCCUUGCGUGAAGUGGCUCACGCCGUUCGCCACUAUCGUCGCGGAAGAGGAGUCCCAAUCUCUGCUAAAGUCCACGAUUACGUCUAUCGAGUCAAAUUCCGGAUCUGGACUGAGGGCCACCGUACCUAAUCUUGUUGUAGACGAGUCGCAUCGUAUACAGACUCAUGUGGUUGAUUUAAAUAUGCUGGAGAAGGCGCAGCAACGAUUAACCCGGAAUGUCCCGAGCGACUAUGUGAACGAUUCGGACGCGAACGCCGAGUCCGGUAGGCAGAGUCCGAACGAGAGCGGGCUUCUGACCCCUCCGUCCAGCGAUCAAAAAAAUUCUCCGUUGCCUACGUAUCCUUCACCACAGUUACAGCCUUACACAUAAUAUUCACGUACGCUUUAUGCUACGAUACGGUAAAUUGUUUUAUAUUCAGUAUCCGACCAUAAGUUAUCCAGCAGUCGUGCAACAACGAUUUGCGCAAAAAAAAAAAAAAAAAAAAAACCUGAGUUACGUACCUCGGAAAGUAUAUAACCGUAUGUA